AUGCUUAUGACCACCUCAAAGGAUCUACUCGAAAAUAUUGUAUUGAUCAACUUAUUAUGCCGCCUUGGCCUAUCAUACUUUGAAAAUGAAAUUGACGACCACUUAUCUCAUAUUUUCAACCACAAUUAUCUCUCUGAUGAUUUUGAUAAUGGCUACGAUCUCUACAAUAUGUCAAUAUUAUUUCAAAUUUUACAACAACAUGGAUAUAAUAUAUCUUGCGAUGUGUUCAAGAAAUUCAAAGAUAGUGAUGGAAAUUUCAACAAAAAAAUAACCAACGACUCAAGAGGCAUGGUGAGCCUAUAUGAAGCCACUUUUCUGGGCAUGCAUGGAGAAGAAUAUAUUCUUGAUGAAGCACGUUCUUUCGCAAGGCCAAUAUUGGAGUCCAUGGCCAUGGAAUCAAACUCUCAUCUUGCACAAUACAUUAAGAAUGCCUUGAGAACUCCAUUCCACAGAGGACUGCCAAGACUAGAGGCUAGGAAAUACAUCAGUUUCUACGAACAAGAAGAGGCUCGUAAUGAAACUUUACUCAAGUUCGCAAAUCUAAAUUUUAAUCAAGUUCAAUUCAUGCACCGGCAAGAGAUAGAAGUUCUUUUAAGGUGGUGGGAAGAUAUAAAUCUUGAGAACGAGUUAACUUACGAUAGAUGGGACAGAAUUAUGGAGGGAUAUCUGGUAGGAGUUGGGGCACAUUUUGAACCUCAAUUUUCUCAUUCUCGCAAACUCCUUGUCAAACUCGUACUGCUUUUAUCACUUUUAGAUGAUACAUAUGAUACCCAUGGUACUAUGGAAGAACUGCAAUUCCUGACCGAUGCAUUUGAGAGGUUCGACAAGGAUGCCAUUGAUGAUAUACCAUCAAAGAAUACCAAGAUUGUUUAUAGGGAACUAUUUAAUUUCUUUGAGGAUAUUGAGAGGGAUGCUAUCAAGAAAGGGAGAUCUUAUAGUGUUCGUCACACAAAGGAGAAAUUCCAGCAACUGGUGCGAUCCUACCAUCUUGAAGCGCAAUGGUAUUAUGGUCAAUAUUUGCCAUCCUUCAAUGAGUAUAUGCAUAACGCGUUGAUCUCAAGCAGUUUUGCUCUACUUACACCAAUGGUCUUGAUUGGAAUGGAGAAACAUGCAUGUGUCAAAGAAUUUGAAUGGUUAGAAACAAAUCCUAAAAUUGUCCAGGCUUCAAAAGUACCGGCUCGUCUUUUAAAUGACAUAGUUGCACGCGAGGAAUUUGGAUUGUCAAAAGAGGAGGCGAUUGAGCAGAUGAAAAAGAUGGUGGAAGAUGCAUGGAAAGAUAUGAAUGAAGAAAUCAUAAAGCUUAAUUUCAUAGCAAUGCCUGUUCUGACGACUAGUCUAAACCUCAGUCGGGUAAUGGAUAUAGUUUACCUUGAUUGUCAAGACGGAUACACCAAUUCAUUAAAUUCCAAAAAUGAAGUCCACCAAUUGUUCUUUGAACAACUACCUUUUUUCAAAGUUGAUAGUUGCGCAACAGAAAUUGAGCGUGGGGAUGCACGAAGUGAAGCAUGCGAUCGCACGCCACUUCAUGUGACAACUGAAGUUCGCACGAUAGGAACAUGUAUGUCUAUACGUUUUGGACCAGAUGAUGGGUAA